AUGUUCUUUCCACACACUUUACUAUGGGCCGUCGUCGCCCUUAUUUCUCUCGCUGGUGCUUAUAAAGUGAUACCUUUUGUUGAAGAUGGAAUACCAGACCACUUGCAAGUUGCAACAGGCCCCUUCGUUAAAAUUGGCCGGGGAUAUUACUAUAUUGAAACCAAGACGAAAAAAAAUUGGUUUGAUGCAUCGGAAUCUUGCCGUCGCAUAGACGCCCAUUUAAUAGCUUUUGAGACCAUUGAAGAGUGGGAUUUGGUUAACCAGUAUUUGUUUAGGAAUGGAAUCGAUAAUGUGUACUGGACCUCAGGUUGCGACUUGGCUCAACAAGGAAAGCAUAAUUGGUGUUCAACCGGUGAACCCUUAACACUAAAUAUUUGGUAUCCGGGAGAGCCAAAUAAUAAUAAUGGAAAUGAACAUUGUGACGUGUUGGGCGACAGACGAAGCAGCACAAAUUACAAUGUAUUAAAUGAUUUCAACUGCGCAAGAGAAGUUUUAUAUAUAUGUGAAAAAUCGUAUCCAAAAACAGCAUCGUUUGUUAUCUGGUAACAUAAAAAGAAACCAUGCAAUAAAAGUUUUUUACUUUAAAAAUCAAAAA